UGUAUAGAUUUUUCCACCGCAUACAUAACCUAUUAAACAUCAACUUCGCAGUACGAGUUUGGCUGCUUAGCGCUCUUUGAAAAACGAUAUAUUGUAUAAAGUACGUGUGAAUAAAUAAGUCUAAAAUGGCAGAUGAAGAAUAUGAUGGAGAUGAUGUUGGAGACGAUUUUGACGAAGAUGUAGAAGACGACAACAUCGAAGAACUAGACCAAGGUGAAGAGGAGGGUGAUAAUAUUGACAUUUUAGCUCCAGGACAAGCAGGAGGAGGUGUUCCGAAGUCAAAGCGAAUCACCACCAAAUACAUGACAAAGUACGAAAGAGCUCGAGUUCUGGGCACAAGAGCACUACAAAUAGCCAUGUGUGCACCCGUAAUGGUAGAGUUGGAUGGAGAAACGGACCCUUUACAGAUUGCUAUGAAGGAACUUAAACAAAGAAAAAUACCAAUAAUUAUACGCAGAUAUCUACCUGAUAAUUCCUACGAAGAUUGGGGAAUUGAUGAACUUAUAAUAAUAGAUCAUUAAUUUUAAUUUUUUACUUAAAGCAAUAAAUAUUUUAUUAAUAA